CAAUCUAAAUUUCAACAUCAACAGCUCAAUAAAUUGAAAGAUGAAGCACAUGGAUCACUCAUUUUCGUUUCCGAUUGGAAUAAAUGUUGUCCUUGCCGAUUGAGACCAAAUGUGGCUUGAAUCGAUGGAAACGCCUCACACAUGCUUCAGCAACGCUAUCAUGCUCACUUUCUUGCUUCUCAAUUUGACUUUGGAAACAGUUGCCGGGGCCGAUACCUAUAACAGAGACGAUUUCCCGGCUGAUUUUGUUUUCGGUUCAGGCACCUCUGCUUACCAGGUGGAAGGAGCUGCUAAUGAAGAAGGAAGAAGUGAUAGCAUCUGGGAUACCUUUGCCCACGCUGGACAUGGGCAUGGAGGAAAUGGAGAUGUAGCCUGUGAUGGGUACCACAAGUAUAACGAAGAUGUGAGGCUAAUGGUAGAUACAGGACUUGAAGCCUAUAGAUUUUCCAUUUCUUGGUCCAGACUGUUACCAAAUGGUAGAGGACCCGUUAAUCCCAAAGGAUUGCAGUACUACAACAAUCUCAUCAAUCAGCUCAUCACCAAUGGAAUCCAACCACAUGUCUCGUUACACCACUACGAUCUUCCACAGGUUCUUGAAGAUGAAUAUGGCGGUUGGGUUAGUCGUGACAUCAUAAGAGACUUCACAGACUAUGCUGAUGUAUGUUUUAGAGAGUUUGGCGACAGAGUCUUGUAUUGGACGACUGUCAGCGAACCCAACGUUUUUUCUGUUGGUGGGUAUGAUCAGGGAACCUGCCCACCUCAACGAUGUUCUCCCCCAUUUUGUUUUAUAAAGAGCAAUAGGGGCAACUCGACAUAUGAACCCUACUUGGCAAUUCAUCAUAUUUUGUUAGCUCACUCUUCAGUUGUCAGAUUGUACCGGAGAAAAUACUCGAACAAACAACAUGGAUUUGUUGGUAUCUCUAUCUUCUUGUUUGGACUUUUACCUCAAACAAAUACAGAGAAAGACAGGGCAGCAACUCAACGAGUUCGUGACUUUUUGGUUGGUUGGGUUAUGGAACCCUUGCAGUAUGGAGACUAUCCAAUUUCCAUGAAGAAAAAUGCUGGUGAAAGAAUUCCGGCCUUCACAACUCGUGAAUCUGAACAACUCAAGGGUUCAUUUGACUUUAUAGGACUCAUUCACUACACCAAUGUCAAUAUCACCGACAAUUCUGACGUCCUUAAGAACCAACUGAGAGAUUUCGGCGCAGACAUGGCUGCAAAUACUAUAGGAUCGGAUAUGUUUUCAAAUGAAGAGUACCCUAUCGCACCGUGGGUUAUGCGGGAAGAAUUGAAUAAAUUCAAGCUCCUUUAUGGCAACCCUCCUAUAUUCAUUCAUGAAAAUGGUCAACGGACACCAAGCAAUUCGUCACUACAAGACGUGUCAAGGGUGAAAUACUUGCAUGAAUAUAUUGGUGGAGUGCUUGAUGCCUUGAGAUGGCGUUGCAGAUGAGGCAGAGAUGAAGUAGCACGACGAGAGUUAUGGGAAUAACUAUAGGGAAUUUAUCAUGUUUUAAUGUAAUUUUAUGUCUUUGAAUAAUGGAUUUGAUAUUUGUAAGGUUUUAACCUUAUGUUGUAAGACGCUUAAACUUUUGAUGGUUUAGUUUCGUGACGUUAAUUUAAAAAAAAAUUGGUGUAAAAUUUUGGAUUUUGUUAUUUUCUAGUGGCACUCCGUAAGGGGUGUUACAAUGACCACUUUUGACCUUCUAACUUUCCUAGGUAGGACAUAAGGCUCCACCUUUAGCCUUUCAACAUAGCACACUUGGGUUGUUUUCUAGUCUGCUCGCACCGUGCAUAUCAUCUCCCCGUUGGAGAACUUUAUCACUAUAUGAGGUGUAGAAACAAUCAUCCUAAACACAUUCAAGCAUGAUCUCCCAAUCAACACAUUAUAAGAGGUGUUUACUUCGACCAACAAAUACCUCACCUUAAGCUCCUUCGCAUCAUACCUAGUCCCCAUCCUCAUUCUUAGGUUAACAUAGUUUUGUGUGUCUUCAAUAUGCUCAUUGUAGGAGAAAAUCAAGUCUUUUGACAUAUCCAUCUUCUGGAAUUUCUUCAAGUACAGGAUGUUCAUUGAGCUUCCUUGAUCGUUAAGGACUUUGCUCACACCGCACCGAGCGAUAUCGGUUGUGAUGACCAUCGUGUCAUCCUAAUCGCGGUUAGGGGCAUGGAAAUCUUCAUCUGUGAAGGUAAUAGGAGACAUGGACUUCUGCUUCCUAUCCACUACAUGGACGGUCUUUAGGCUUCUAAGAUGCCUAUUAUGAGAAGACGAGGAGGAUUCGCCUCUUACGAAUCCCCUAGAGAUGUUGUUGAUGUGACCACACAAGGGGCGAUCACAACUCAUUCUCCUGCUCCUAUUACAGCACAUGUUGUCGCAUCGCGAUCAUCGUGAUGAGGACCUUGAUCAGGACUCCACCUUCGAGGGGGACUCCUCUUUGCCCGAUUAGUUUUAACAUAUCGUUGGAGAUGACCCGCCUAAAUCAACUCUUCGAUCUUGUCACGAAGUGUAGAACACUCCUUUGUUAUGUGUCCUAGGUUUUGGUGGUAUCGACAGUGCUUCUUACCAACUACAUUCCUCGAAGUCAUCUUCUUCUUGAUCGAGGGAAGGAUGUCUGUAUUUAGCGCUUCCUCUAAGAUCCUUGCCCUCAGUGCGUUCAAAGGGGUAUACUGGUGAAACUUAAGCCACAAGGGGAGGUCCUUUGGCCUACAGCCACAUUUUCUAUCUCCAUUGUCGACCAACUUCUUCACGUACUUAUUAAUGUCGCUUGUUGCGACAACCUCAGGUUGUUAUUUCUUCCGAAAAGCAUGUACAUUCUCGAUGCACAUAAACUUAGUCGUUUUCUCCUGCAUCUCAUCCAUGGUCUUAGGUAGCCUAGAACACAAGAUAUAUGCAAAUGGUCCUGCCAUUAAAGUUGUUGAUAGGUUAUUAAGGAUUAACUCAUUACUCAUGUCUUUAACCUGCCGAGCAAUCUUGUUAUAACAGUCCAUGAAGGUCUUGAGGGAUUCAUCUUUCCCUUGCUUGGUGUUUACCAACGCAAUGUGUGUUAAGUUUUCACUAGUGCAGAAAGGGUUUUAGACGUCUGUUAUUUUGGGCUUCUAUCGUCGGAUCCCGAUCUGACGUCUUUAUGGGUGACGUUAAUGGGACGUCAAACUCCAUAGGUCCGACGUCUUUAUGCAUUAACCAACGUCUAACGGCACUAUAGACGUCGGACAUGGCAUUAACCGACGUCUACUGCAGGUUGUGUCUUUGGGUAGCGUAGUAACACCUUCUUCCUUUGCUAUAUUCGUCAUAGAAAAGGUUGCGUCUGUUGGACCUCUUAUGGCAUUUCAACCGAAAACCGAAUCUGGGUCCUUGCCUAGUUCCAUUCCAACCGGCAAUGAAAACGAAUACGAUGACAUUAGAACUAGGCAAGGACCCAGGUUCGGUUUUGGGUUGAAACGCUAUAAGACAUCCAAAAGACGCAAGUUUUUCUUACGAGGAAACUAGCAAAGGGAGAAUGUGCUACUACGCUACCAAAAGACACGAGAAAAACUGCAUCAAAACACAACGAAAACUCAUUUUAAUCGGUUCAAAUGGAAGAUAAUCCAUCAAAGACUAAUUUAAUCGAAGUAAAAGUAAGUUUAAACGGUUCAAAAGAGACAAAAACGCACUUGGAAAUGCAAUGUCGUGGAGAGAAAAUUCGAGAAAAAAGACGAUGAAGUGCACGGAACCGCGGGUUCGAUUUCUGAUUUAACAGCAAACAAGACGUCAAACAUAGAGGGCACCGACAUCUAUUCUCGCCUAGACGUCGGAGCCCUCACUAAUAUAAUGUCGAAAACAACUUUUCACCUAUCCUAUUAGGCCAAUUAGACGCCGAAUGGCGGGAUCAAACGUCUAUAUGACGGAAAAAAAGAACUUUUCAUCUACCUGUCAGACAUAUACACGUCUGUUAGAAGGGGCACCGACGUAUAUAAUCGUAUAUAGACGUCGGGGUGGCGGGAUCGGACGUCUAUAUGGUGGAAAAAAAGAACUUUUCAUCUACCUGUGAGACACAUAGACGUCUGCACUAGUGUUUGGACCUUGGUGGACGCGUACUACCGACCGAAAAGGGUGCGGAAAAUGGCAAAGCAGUCGAAUGUAAUGGGUGACAAGGUGUUGAACCAUGCCAACGCUUCUCCAUUCAAGGGAAAAAGCCCUCCACCAAACCAGGUCACUCGAUGAGUAAAACGCCAUGGUGUUAACGAACGAGCACAAAUGCUCAUCCGGGUCAAUUAAUCCAUCAUACUUCUCGAAAAUUAGGGGCGUCGAUCGCUCGGCCAUAGGCGCCUCUAUGACAACAACCGUAAAAGGUAGUAGACACUCGGUCUGUAUGGUAUGCACCGUUUGGGUUCCCUUGCUUGCCCUGAUGCUCAACUCUUGAACUAUCCUAGUAGGUCCCUCGACUUGAUUGUUCACAUUUGAGGGGUAUGGAUGACUAGCACCGAGUGUUGUGCAGUCUGCUCUUGACAACCUACACCAUUCUCGACCCUAACACUGUUAUUUCAACUUUGUGUCUCUGUUGCAUCUCUUGUAUAUGUCGUUGCAUCUCUCUAAUUAACUCCAUAGGAUCUUGUCGAUCGCCCAUGUUUCUUGUGGUCACCAUCGGGUUUCUUCGUAUGUCCUCGAGUCCCACGGUGGGCGCCAAAAUGUUUCAGUUUGUGGGAUUAAGAUCAACUCCUUUCCUUGAUUCGUUCUUUUAACUCUAAGCUUAGGUCAAAGUUCUUCUUUUACUUCACACUUGCUACUGUUCGGUUGAACUAGGGAGUUACCUGCAUAAGGCACUCUAAUGCCAAAGUCAGUAAGGAUUUGGCAAUACUAGCAAUAAAUACGUAUUAAAUGUAACCAACCCAUCGCAAUACCUCAAACAUGUAUUUAUAAACUUCAGAAUGUGCUUCAAAUUAACACCAGCCUAAUUACGACCUAACUGGUAAUUAUCAUACUUAGCAUUAACCCUCGUUUAAGGUCAACCACUCGAUUCUCUAGGUGUUCUAGACUGGCAAAACCGUCCAAUCUUCAAUUGAUCGGACAAUCAUACUAUACACCUAGCAUUUUGACACUUAAAGUUUUUAUUUACGUGACUUGGAAAGUCACUUUUCCAAUAACAAGUAGCUUCAAUAUGACCUAUCUUAUUUAAAUGAGUAGAAAUAUUAGAAGAACUAGCAAGAAAAUUGUUAUUGUUACCAAUGAAAGUGUUAUUAUUAAAGGAAAUUUGAUUCUUACCACGAACAUUAAUAGCGAUGUGACCAAUCGCAAGUUGUCACUCUUGCUGAACAACAUUGGAAAAGAUUUUGGCUAUUGUUGGCAUAGGUUCCAAGAACAAUACAUGAGACUUAUUGCAGAAUAUACAUUAAUGAUAAUCAUAAUUUUAUACAAAUCAUGGAACAAGUCACUGAUAAGUGUGAUAAUUACUUAUUAUUCACGCUUAUUUUACACUUUAAUUUGUAUUUAUUCAUGUUUUGUGUUUUCUCCUCAUGCAAAGAUGUGAGAUUUUCUUAUUUUGUUUAAGUUUUAGGUUAGUGAGUCCAUUUGAGAGUUUAGUACAAGAAAAUGAAACAUCUUUGAUUUUGAGAGUUACUUCCAUGAUUUUCUCGGUCAACCACAACAUGUUCGCUCAACCAAGAAUAUAAAUACUCGUUCAAUUAGUGGAUUGUCUCUCUUAGCGAGCAUGUGCAGUUAAUAGGGAGAUAGUUGACUUUUCGCUCAGUGAAUACAUGUUUGAUGGCCUAAUGAAAAGUCAAAUUGUGUAAGUGGUUUAUUAGUUGAGAAAGAAAGAAAUGAGACAAUCCUGAAGUGUGGGAAAAAGAAGAAACCCAAUAAUUCGCCAAAGGUUACUCUAAGUUCAUCAAGCCGUUGUGCUUUCCUCAAAUUUGUAUUUUCUAGAUGGCUAGGAGUAGUUAAACUCCAUUUUCAUUGGGAUUGGAUAUCAUGUACUCAAAUUGAUGUAAUCCUCCUAUGCAAUUGAAUCUUUGUUCAUUUUUA